AUGGUGCUCGCCCUCAACGGCAGCCACCCCUACGGUAACCUCCGGCCCCUGGUCCUGGAGGAGCCGCGGGCGCUGGGCGGCGGCAGGAUGAUCGCCGGCUCCUGGCCCCCGCGCAGCCUGGCGAAGCUCGGCCCGUCGCCCCCCCCGUCGGCGCUGCCCACGGCGAGCCCCCUCCCCGCAAACGACUCGCAGUGCGGGGAGCAGAUCCUCAGCUACGGCAGCGCGGAGAAAGUUCUCAUCGGGGCCGUGCUCUGCCUCAUCACCCUGCUGACCAUCGCCGGCAACUGCCUGGUGGUGAUCUCCGUCUGCUUCGUGAAGAAGCUGCGGCAGCCCUCCAACUAUCUCAUCGUGUCGCUAGCCCUGGCCGAUCUCUCGGUGGCCCUGGCCGUCAUGCCCUUCGUCAGCGUCACCGACCUUAUCGGCGGCGAGUGGAUCUUCGGCCGCCUCUUCUGCAACGUCUUCAUAGCCAUGGAUGUCAUGUGCUGCACGGCCUCCAUCAUGACCCUCUGUGUGAUAAGUAUCGACAGGUACCUGGGAAUAACCAGACCUCUCACCUACCCUGUGAGACAGAAUGGGAAGUGUAUGGCCAAAAUGAUCCUCUGUGUUUGGCUCUUAUCUGCCUCUAUCACCAUACCCCCGCUCUUCGGCUGGGCCCAGAAUGUAAAUGAUGAAAAGGUUUGUCUCAUCAGUCAAGACUUUGGCUACACCAUUUACUCCACAGCAGUUGCAUUUUAUAUCCCAAUGUCAGUGAUGCUUUUCAUGUACUAUCAGAUUUAUAAAGCUGCCAGGAGGAGUGCUGCUAAACACAAGUUUACUGGUUUUCCCCGUCUGGAAGAAGUGGAAGGGAUUUCUGUGAAUGGACUUGUAAAACUGCACAAGGAAUCCGAAGAAUGUACUAACUUUUCACGUCUCCUAAAGCAUGACAAGAAAAACAUUUCCAUCUUUAAAAGAGAACAGAAAGCUGCCACCACCCUUGGGAUUAUUGUUGGGGCUUUCACCAUCUGCUGGCUGCCCUUUUUCCUCCUCUCAACUGCAAGGCCCUUCAUCUGUGGUACAGCAUGCAGCUGCAUCCCCCUCUGGGUGGAGAGAACAUUCCUAUGGCUGGGCUAUGCAAACUCUCUCAUUAACCCUUUUAUUUAUGCCUUCUUCAACCGGGACCUGAGGACAACCUAUCGCAACCUGCUGCAGUGCAGAUACAGGAACAUCAACCGCAAACUCUCGGCCGCAGGGAUGCACGAGGCUCUGAAGCUUGCAGAAAAGCCAGAAUUCGUUCUGUAA